UGGUUCCAGAGAUAGUUUAAACGAAUUAAGAAAUCUACCUCGGUUUUAUGACAGUGAGAACGAAAUAUACGCUCUAGCCGGAGACAAGGUCAACAUCAGUUGUUUCGAUGACUCUAAACAAACUAUUAAUGAUCGACCUCCAGUGAAAUAUGCAUGGAAAGCAGAAAGAGAUUGCAUGUUGGAUUAUAAUAACGUAGUGGUUGAUGGCGAUGUGAUUAACAUCGUUGGUGUACAAGCAAAGAACAAUGGAUAUUAUAUUUGCAAGAGCAGCGGCAUAAUGAAAAGAGACGUAAAAUUAGCUGUACUAACGCUUCCUAACUUAGUUUUGCUUUCGACAUUAUUAUACAGAAAGGAAACCGAAUGUACACACGAUGAUUUAAAAAGAUUAGAGUUGUUGGGUCCUGAAAUAUCCAAAGAAGUUUUCCAGAGGCAAAGUUAUGUCAAGAUAGACAGUCCCGUUUGCUUAGAGGAUAAAACGGAUGGCAAAAUUAAAAUCAGAGCAUUAGCAUCAGUUGAUUGCCGACGGCCUGCAGUAGACUGUAGUGUGUCGUGCAGAAGGGACUUGCAAACCGUUUUCGCUUCAAUGUGCGCUGAAAAUGUCCCUGCACUAGCUACUAUUGGAGUUAUGUUAUUGAGAGACGGAGUAAACUAUACUUGGAGACCUUCAAAAUACCAUAAACGAUCUGUUAUUACAAGAAGUCUAAGAGAUAUUGGCAAUCGUCAUGACAUCCAAUAUCCCAAAGAACCUGGAAGUAUUAAAUUGUUGGUCUCCUGUCCUGCUGGUUAUCGGUUAUUGUCACGUCAUAAAGUUUGUGCCGCAUGUCCAGAGAGAACUUUCGCGAAGGAGGGAGAUAACGCAUGUUCAGUAUGCCCUCGCGGCUCGUACUCCGCGCCCGGCUCUGAUAGAUGUCGUGCUGUCACCAGGUCGCGUAGGUACGAUUGGUGGAUGUGCCCCCCAUGCGGCUACGGCGUGGCGGCUUUGGUGGGCCUGUGUUGUUAG